AUACAUGCGCCGGAAGUUGUUUCUUUCCACGGAAAGCGAUUCUGGCUGAUUCAUUGUAGCCUACUGUAAGCAGAACUCACUCAUCCAGAUCUACAAAACGUUUAACAGCGGAUCUCAGGAUGGACCGACUCUUGAGGCUGGGCAGUGGAAUGCCAGGACUUGGACAGGGACCCCCCACAGAUGCACCGGCUGUGGACACAGCAGAGCAGGUCUACAUCUCCUCCCUGGCCUUGCUCAAGAUGUUGAAGCACGGCCGGGCUGGCGUACCGAUGGAAGUCAUGGGGCUGAUGCUCGGGGAGUUUGUUGAUGACUACACAGUGCGGGUGAUCGACGUUUUCGCCAUGCCUCAAUCAGGAACGGGUGUUAGUGUGGAGGCAGUGGACCCCGUCUUCCAGGCCAAGAUGUUGGACAUGCUGAAGCAGACUGGAAGACCUGAGAUGGUGGUGGGAUGGUACCACAGUCACCCGGGCUUCGGCUGCUGGUUGUCAGGCGUGGACAUCAACACGCAGCAGAGCUUCGAGGCGCUGUCGGAGCGCGCUGUCGCGGUGGUGGUCGAUCCCAUUCAGAGUGUCAAGGGAAAGGUUGUCAUCGACGCCUUCAGGUUGAUUAACGCCAACAUGAUGGUGUUGGGUCACGAACCGAGGCAGACCACGUCUAACUUGGGUCAUUUGAACAAACCGUCCAUUCAGGCUCUGAUUCACGGACUGAACAGACACUACUACUCCAUCACCAUCAACUACAGGAAAAAUGAGCUGGAGCAGAAGAUGCUGCUGAACCUGCACAAGAAGAGCUGGAUGGAGGGUCUGACCCUGCAGAACUACAGCGAGCACUGCAAGCUCAACGAGACCAUCGUCAAGGAAAUGCUGGAGCUCGCCAAGAACUACAACAAGGCCGUGGAGGAGGAGGACAAAAUGACUCCGGAGCAGCUGGCCAUCAAGAACGUCGGAAAGCAGGAUCCAAAGAGACACCUGGAGGAGCACGUGGACGUUUUGAUGACGUCCAACAUCGUUCAGUGCCUAGCCGCCAUGUUGGACACCGUCGUGUUCCAGUGACCCCCCUCCUCGUCUGUAUAAUUGUUAAUAUUACGACCCUUCUUUCUUUUGUAUAAAAUAAACGUAUGUAUGAAACGAACACGCAGAGACGUUUGUUAAUGUG